AUGGGCUGUGGUGUUUUAUCGCGACUAUUGCUAGGGUGCUGGGGAUUGGUUUGCAUCUGCCUGAAGAAGAAAGAGAUGGAGGAAGAUAGAGUUUGUAUCAACACCUCCCAAUACAAUGAGCAGGAUCAGGCUAUAAACGGCGACAAUAAGAAAGCUUAUAUAUUCCAAGUGGACAUGGGACUGCCGGAUGCUGCAAGUUCGCCUGCCAGUGGCUCAGGGAAGAUUAGAGGUUCGUCCUUGAUUUAUCUGCGGCUUGAGAGGAGUAGGAUUGGAGAGUCCGAGAUAGAAAAUAUUCAGAAGAAGAUCGAUUUGGAAAUAACCAAAACCAAAGUCGAUACUGUUCCAAUUGGAAUGAUAAUCGAGUGGUCUGACCAAGUGAGUCUGACCAGUCCAACUCCAGACGAAUGCAAAGAAUUGCUUGUACUAGCUAGUGUGCAGAUCAUCCAAUCGUAUCUGGUGAUUAUAAAUUCACCCACUACCAACCCAGACAGUGACAAGGAGACUCCGCUGUUAACCCAAAAGAUACUUGGCCAAAAUCGAGAGAAGUUCAGCGCAGUUUAUUGGUUUAUUGAGGAUAGCAAGGAAGAUUGUAUAAGCCUUGCUCAUCUCUCUGGAGUGCUGCACCAGAAAACACACACUCUUGGCAUAAUAAUUCAUGAUGAGAAAGUAAAGAGAAUUGCAUUGGAAGGAGUUAGUAUUGGGUCGGGUUCCGUUGAUGGUUUGCCAUUGCAAUGCCUGACGCUGGAUAUGCCGUAUGCCCAAAUUGAUUCGAUUGAUGCGGGUCUUGUUGCGGACCUCAAGUACCUUGUGGUAUAUGUCAGUCAAUGGCAAACAACGUUUCUGCAGGCCUUUGAACGGAUAAGUCCCAUGCGUUUCUUGCAAUAUUUCUAUCUGUCUAUUGAGGAUGGCCAUGAGAAUGCACUGAUAGUAGACAUUGAACUAAAUGACGGAUGGGUUGAAAAUGUCGAGAUAACGAUGGUCAGAGGGACACACGAGGGUACAUCGGGAACAGCCGAUGUAGACAGCUUGGGUGCAUGCUUUGGCCGGCUCAACCAAUUAUGCCUACUUAUGAAGCUUUCGAUAAAGAUGGACUCUAAACCGCGGGUGUUAGUUAGUGACAUUGACCAAACGAGCGCAUUCCGUGCGUUUUUGAAGACCAAAGAGGCUGCGGUCCAAAACAAGCUAACCCAGCUGAUCCUACAGAGUGAAACAAUCGCACGCCAUUUGGAAAAGAGGCCUAAGGAGUUCGUGAUCAGUGAUGCUGGACUAUAUUUAUACCAAAUCCAUUUGAACCAAAUCAACUCUAUCGACGCCAUUAUGAAAUACGCUCUUGUAGCCCAUCACAAGAGCCUCUACUCCUAUCGCAUCUAUACAGAGGAAAUAAGACAAGCAAUUAUGUCUAAUAUUCCCCCCUCGGAAAUGCAUUCAAGCUCGAAUAUCUUUGGCAAACAGUUGCUGACUUAUCUUGAUGUUGCAAAACAACAAACUCAAGAUCUUCUUGAAAUGCAUGAGUUAAGAGUGGUGUGGGAUUCUUCUAGGGGUGGGUUAGUAUUGUGUUAG